CCUAAGUAGCAGUCACACAAUUUGAAGUUAAACUCGGUUUGUAAUUGUUCGAUCUUACAACAUUUUGUGGAAUUCGAAUAGAAAACGAAAGAUGAAAGUGUACUUGAUUGCAGCAUUUUCAUUCCUGGCUGUAUUUGGAGUUGUACAAUCAUUUACUCCGGAAGAAUUCGAAGAUGCUGUGUGCUCUAUACCUGAGAAAUAUCUACUCAGAUUCCUAAAUUGCACUGUUAGUCGUGCCCCAGAAAUCUUUCAAAAGAAAACCGAUAACUUAUAUGAAUGCGUAGAUAGAUUUUAUGAAGUCGAUGGCAAAUUGGAUGCUAUUUUAACGGUUGUUUGUGGCAAUACUGUACAUGCACAGAAGGAUAUUGAAGAAUGUUUGCAGGAAAAAGGCAAGGAUCUAGUCGACCUAGAUCUACAAGAUCAGUCAGCAAUGAAACAAGCUGCCAAAUAUUGUGUGAUUCACGCAUAAAACAUAUAUCGGAAUUACUCUGGUGUGAUUAUAAUGUCUAACAUUCAUACAAUUUAUUGUACUUUUUUGUAUCCGAACAGUUAAAAAAAUUAAAUUGAUUAUGAAGCAUUAAA